UUAGCCAUGAUUCAGGCUAGGCUUCGUGACGCUGGGACACAUCCAGUAACAGAAGUGUCUGUAGGACUUUGGCUGAAGGAGCUUGAAGAUGUAGCUUAUGAGGCUCAACAUGUGUUGGAUGAGUUUGCGUAUGAGAAACUACGGCACCAAGUGGAGAUCAAAAGCCAAUUCAACAAACGGGUGAGAAAAAUUUUCUCAUUUUCCAAUCCUGUUGUGUUCAAUUUGAAGCUGGCUCGUAAAAUCAAGAAUAUCACCAUGUCACUUGAUAAAAUUAAGAAUGAUGCUGUACUUUUUGGGUUUCAACGAGUGGGAACUGUGGAAACAGCAGAAGAUCGUGAAUUCCUGAACCGGGUGACCUGCUCUUUCCUUGAUAACUCGCAAGUUGUAGGAAGGGAAGACGAUGUCUCCAAAAUUUUAAGUUUGAUCAGUUGCUCUACUGGUCAACUUCUCACUGUGGUUUCUGUAGUGGGUAUGGCAGGUAUUGGGAAGACAACAUUGGCGAAAUUGGUCUGUAAGGAAGUGGAAGAGAGAAAACUAUUUGAUGUAAAAUUAUGGGUUUGUGUCUCUGAUUAUUUUGAUAUGCGGAGGAUUUUAGGCGAAAUGCUGGAAAUUCUUGAUACAAGUAUUGGUUUGAUAAACAAUAUUGAUGCAAUACUUAUACGACUUGAAAAGAAGCUGGAAGGGAAAAGAUUUCUUCUCAUACUUGACGACGUGUGGAAUGAAGACUUUGAAAAGUGGGAUAGUCUGAAAUGCUGCUUGGAAAAAAUCAGUAAAAAGAAUGGAAAUGCUAUUAUUGUUACAACUCGAAGCGAAAAUGUAGCAUCCUCAAUGGAGACUUCUUAUGGGCAUAGAUAUAAACUGCAAAAACUAUCGAAUGAUCAUUGUUGGCACAUUAUCAAGGAAAGAGUGUUUGACAAUGGAGCAGCAACAAUACCCUUGGACCUGGAGGCUAUAGGGAAGGACAUUGCAAAGAAGUGUCAAGGUGUGCCAUUAGCUGCAAAGGUUUUAGGUGGAACUAUGCAUUUUAGAAGAGAGAAAGAAGAAUGGUUAUCCAUUAAAAAUAGUGGAGCUUGGGAUGGAUUGGGAUGUGAUGAUAGAAUUUUGUGUAUAUUAAAACUGAGUUUUGAUCACCUGCCUUCAUAUUUGAAACAAUGUUUUGCAUAUUGUUCUAUUUUUCCUAAAGACUUCAACAUUGACAAGGAACAACUAAUUCAGCUUUGGAUGGCUGAAGGUUUUCUGGGACCAGGCGGUGGAAGUGCUAAGGAGAUGGAAGACAUAGGUAAUGAGAAUUUUAAUAACUUGCUUGCAAAUUCAUUUUUUCAAGAAGAGAAAACUAAUGAAUUUCAGAAUAUUACAAGUUAUAAGAUGCAUGAUCUUGUGCACGACCUUGCAUUGUAUGUUUCAAAAUCUGAAACAUUGAUUUUAAAGAAUGGUCCAGUUCUGGAAGUUAUGUCUUCUGUUCGCCAUCUAAAUCUAAUUUGUGAUGAAGUUCCUGCGCCAAGGAUUCCAAGAGAUAGUGCUAGAAAAUUGCGAUCUCUAUUUUCAAAGUUUGAUUUCCUUUACAAGCCAUGGAGCUUUAGAAGUUUGCGAACUUUGAAACUGGAUGGUGCUAGCCUAAAAGAGUUGCCAGCAUCAAUCGGCAAGUUGAAACAUUUGAGAUAUCUGGACAUCUCUUGGACUGCUAUAAGAGUAUUACCCGAGUCCAUUACCAAGCUGUACAAUUUGCAAACUUUAAGAUUCAUGAAUUGUGAAUUGCUUGGAAAGCUUCCCAGUCAAAUGAGAAAUAUGGUUAACUUGAGACACAUUUAUUUUAGUUAUCCCCGCCAAAUGCCAGAUAAGGUAGGGUGCUUAACUAGCCGCCAUUAUUUGUUGUGAGUCAAAAUAGGAGCAACAAACUGCAAGAACUGGGGUGCUUAAAUGAACUCAGAGGAGAAUUGUCCAUGGUCAAUCUUGAGCAGGUGAGGGACAGAAUGGAAGCUGAGAAAGCAAACUUGUGCCAGAAAAUGAAAAUAAGUACAUUAGGAUUUGAGUGGAGUUUAGAAAGAGAAAGCUGCACAAAUGAUGGGGAUGUCUUGGAAGGCCUCCAGCCUCAUUCAAACAUUAGAAGCUUAGAGAUUUGGAACUAUAUGGGUGAAAAAUUCCCAGUAUGGCUGCUAUUGAUGAAAAUUCCUUCUCAUGGUAAUACUUUGCUGUUCAAUAACUUGGAAAGGCUAUGCUUGAAAAAAUGCAACAGAUGUGAAGAAAUCCCAUCACUGGGCCAUCUUCCUUGUCUUAAAAUUCUUGAGGUAGUUGGAAUGGAAACUGUUAGGUGUAUAGGCAAUUCCUUUUACAGCAGAGAGGGGGAAAGAACCAGUGGAUGGAAGGAGACAAUGCCACUGUUUCCAGCAUUAAAAGUUCUCUACCUGGGUAAUAUGGAGUCUCUGGUUGAAUGGAUGGCACCUGUAGCUGGGGGAGGAUGUGAUACAGUAGCAUUUCCUUGCCUUGAAGAGCUAUCCAUUGAGAGGUGUCACCGGUUGGAAACUAUUCCAAUAAGUCAUUUUUCAUCACUUGUACAACUCAGAAUCAAUGGUUGUGAUGAAUUAAGUAACUUAUCCGAUGAACUGAAGGCAUUUACAUCUCUUAAAUAUUUAACAGUAUCUAAUUGCCGUAAUCUGGCUUCCUUCCCCAACUUACAGUGCCUUACAUCUCUCAAACAACUGCGAAUUGAAUUCUGUGAUAAAGUAACGUCUUUUCCGAGAGGGCUACAAUCCUGCACAUCUCUGGAGCAAUUGGUUAUUCGGCAGUGCCAAGAGCUGAUUUCCGUACCCCGAGACUUGCAAGGCAUGUGUUCUCUUGUUCUUUUGCAAAUAACAGAAUGUCCAUCUUUGACUUAUUUUGCAGAGGACAGCUUGUGCUGCCUCACCCGGUUGAAGCGACUGAUAAUUGGUCCAUUCUCCAAGGAGUUGGAAACUUUCCCAGGUUUGACUUCGCUUCCAGCCCUCCACACCUCCCUCGAAAGCGUAUGCAUAAAAGGGUGGGAAAGAAUAAAGUGUCUGCCAGAUCAACUUCAGCACCUGACUGCCCUUAAAUUGUUGAAGAUAGUUGAUUUCAGUGGAGUGAAAGCUUUUCCAGAUUGGUUAGGCAGCCUUUCAUCUCUUCGACGGCUCGCAAUUUUCAGAUGUAAGAAUCUGAUGUGUCUACCAGUAUCCUUGCAACGGCUCUCCAAUUUAAGAACAUUGACCAUUUAUGGUUGUCCUCUUUAUGAGAGAAGUUAUGACAGGAAGAGUGUCCCUGAGUGGUCCAAGAUUUCCCAUAUCCCACAAGUGUGUAUAUUUGAGUCCUAGAAAUCAGAGCUGUUCAGAUGGUUCAUUUAAACUAGGAUCCUUUUAUUCCUCCGGUGGUGGAGGUGGCGGCCUUGUAGCUACAUUAGCAUUCCGGCCACCAAUUUUGAAGCCCAGUAAUCCACCUGCCAAACCAAGGGUCACAGUCCUGUGCAAUCAACCAGCCCCCAUCAACUUCACUUGGGAGCUUGCCUAGCAAGUUCUUGUUAUAGGGCUAUAGUCCAUAUGUGCAUUUAUGCUAUUAUUCUUGUAACCAUUUGAUGGUGAAAAACACAUUUGCUACAUCUUUUUGACAAUUCAAUAAGGAUUGGAUAUCCAAAAAUACCCAACCCAUAGCAGUCCCAACUCUUGGAAACCCAGAGAUAAAACAUGGUUAGUUGUCUUCUUCUUAGAUUUGAUUGAGAAAAAAGGGGCUCAUUGUGGUUGGUGUUGUGGUUAGGGAAUGGGCCAUGACUGUUAUUUCACUUAGGAUUUUGUUUAGGUUUAGAAAAAUGGGAUGCCAUUGUAAUCAAGUCACCAUUUGUGGAACGCAAUUACAAGUGGAUGGUGUUUUGAGCUCUACAUGGAAAAGUGAGAGGGGAAUCCAUGGAUUGGCUUUAGAUAACUGGCUAUUUCUUUAUAGAAUUGUGCGAAUAAGUGAUAAUUCCGCAUAUGAGAAAUUAUUGUAUUUUUCCCUAAAAUUGUUAUCCGCUCUCUCCAAUUAUUCUUAGAGAAAUUUUUUCUUUUUCUAUUAAUUAUAAACCGUUUUGGCUUAAGUUAAAGAUUUGAGGCGAAAGGAAGACAGGAUACCCCUAAACAAAAAGAUGAAGAUCUACGACGAGCUCCUCUACCUUGGGGCAGAGGACAUUUGAUUUUCCAAAGCUUCUGGUUUUCUAAUUUUUGUUGGUUUCUCUUCAGUUUGGGUGUGAUUAGUUAGUUUUUUAGUAUCUCCAAAUGGUUUUAGUUUUUGUUGUCCUUAGUUUUAUCGAUGUUCGUCGGUGGUGUAGUGGGCUAGUGAAUUUCAGAGCUAAAGCAAUGUGAUUGGCUCGAUUAGGUGGUUCCAUGACUAUGCUAGAUCGAAAAAGUUAUAGACCAACUCUCGUUCCGGUGACUGUUGACACUGUGGUUUAUAUGUUUGAUCAUUGGGUUGGCAAUUGGCAUUUGCUUUGGUCUGUUUUGCUGCUUCGCUUUCUGCUAUCUUAGUUUGGUCGCUGGAUGUGUGGUAUUGGAAUUUUUAGCACAAAUCUCCGUAAUCAAAAUUAAAAUUCAACAAAACUCAACAGAAUUCAAUUAGCACAAUACAAUAAAAUCCAAAAUAUAAUACAAUAAAAAAGGACAUGGUAAAAUGGAAGAACUCACAUCAAAUCUGAGAGUGAAGCCAAACCAAAGAAGAAAUGGUAUAAAAGAUUCCAUUUUGUCUCAACAAUGGUGAGAAAGCAAUGUGGAUCUGAGAGCCUUGACAUGUCAAAAUAAGAAGAAUGAAAGGCAUGGAAGAAAAAGAAAUCUAAAUCUUGCAAUUGGUAACGGUAAAGAAAUCAUGCUAGACCAGAAAAAGGGCUUUUAAAACAAUCCAGAAUGACAUCAACCAGAUUAACCAAGCUUAAAAUUUUUUAAAAAAUUAAUUAAAAAAAAGGUAUGAUACAGCAAGGGAUUUUAAGGGAUUAACUCUAUCUCGUCUCCAAAAACAAAGCACAUGAAUUAACUUACCUAAUCUUUUCAUGGCUGUCAGACUUGGAUUGGACUAGGCGGUCCGAUCGUAAAAUCUGUGAACCAGUCCAUUUUGCGGUUUGAUUUAUCUGCAAGAACCGCUGAAAAUUAAAACCGGCUGGAACCCAUUGAACCAGUCGAGUACUUAAUAAACCGUUUAAAUCGAUGCGAGUUUUGCAGUUUAGACAGUCUGAUUUCAUUUCCUUUUCAAUCAUUAAAAUGACAAGGUUUAAUCUAUUUUCUUUAAUUUUUCACUCUUAUCUCUUUUCUCUCGAACAUGAUAGUCUCUCACACAUCGACAAUCUCUCCCCUCGCGUGAAGCAGCCACCAAAUCAAGAAGUAAUUAACGCUGUAACAGCUCUUAUCUCCCCUUCGUCUCUUCUUAAAUCUUGAAGUUGUAGAUUGAAAUUUGAAACUGCAGAGGUAUAUUUCUUCAGCAUAAUUGCCUGCAGCUAACCAAUUGAACGAGAGGCAAGACCUUCUAUUAGGGAUUUUAGAUCUACUUUUUGGGAAGAAAUAUAGGAAUUUGUAUUUUAUUGAGAGAGCUACUGUUAAUUUUAUCAAAUAUUCUUGUUAACUCAAAUUAUUUCUUGUUUAAUGCUAUUCUACUUUCUAAAAUAUUGAUUGUAUCUGUUGCAAUUCUCUCUAUAUUUUUGCACUUCCUAAUUAUUGAGUUCAUUAUCUUUUUCUUAUA